AUGCACCGAAAUCCUGAGCAUUUGAGAGGAUCGUCGUGUAGUGUCUGCAGCCUCAAAGGCUCUCCUUGGACAAAGACGACAUGGACAAUCUCUAGAUCUCCUUGUGAAGUCUAGAGAUUAAUGAAAUGGGUCAUCGAAUCAUCUCCAACAAUUGUCACCUGGUGGAGUGGAAAAACAAUGACUUUGCGGCUCUUCGGUGGCUAUCACCUGACGAAGAGGAGCUAGAUGGAGGUGGGGCACGUGUUAGGGAGCUUCAUCUUCAAGUCUGCGGAGCAAGAGGAGGCUCUUCAUCACAUCCAAUAUGCUCUCAGGAGGUGGCGACUCAUCUCCCAGCGGAUCGUCCUCUUCUUGAUGAUGGUUUGUUCAUCGAUCAAUCGAAGAUGAUUUACUCAAUGGAUUUGCAAUCCUUUUAUCGUGAAUCAUUUAGCAAUUUUAGUAGCAAUGCUCUGCGAAUUGCAUUGACGAGAUUUUUGCCGAUGAUCUAGCGAUUUUUGUUACUUCAUCCUUCACUAGCAAUCUGCAAGAAAGUCGAGAUUAUUAAAUAAAAAUAUAUGACUUUUGACUCUAGAGGGACUUGAACCCACGUCAGUUGCCCGCCUCUUCUAAAGAAGGUGUGACGUGGGUUUAGUCCCACAUUGGCUGUGUGCCGAUUUUUUGGGUGAAUAUAUACUAAUGUUACAUUUCUAAGCAAAGUCCCUUCUCUCACGUGUACGACCACUCCUUGCCCCACAGCCAGCUGGUCAUUGGUGACAUGGAAGGGGAGUGGCACACAAGUGUCCCCUAUUGGUCCAAGUCGCUCGAGCCUCUGCUCGUGGCUACUCUCCAAUUGA